AUGUCGCUCAUGGAUUUCUGUAGGACUCUCAAGGUAACAGUGCUUGCCGCAGACAACCUCUACAAGCGCGAGCUUUUCCGACUUCCGGAUCCGUUUGUUGUUUUGACGGUUGAUGGGGCACAGACACUAACAACAAAGGCGCUCAAGCGCACGCUAUCCCCGUACUGGAACGAAACGUUUGAAGUGCGGGUCAAGCCAACCAGCGUCAUCACAGUGCAGCGAAAGUUCAAGAAGCAGGGGCAGGGGUUUCUGGGCGUCAUCAAUGUGCAAAUCAGCCAGCACAUUGACGUUGAAGUUGGCGGAGAAGCCAUGGUCACACAGGAUCUCAAUAACUCGAACCACAAUGAACCGGUGCAGGGCCGCCUGAUUCUACAGUUCAACGUGCCCGUCAACCAGCCUGUAUUUCCAGCAGGGGAGGCCGCUCGGAACGGGCAGCCCGCUCGCGUCGAAGGCCCGCAGCUGGGCGCAGCCUCGACAUCUAGUAGCAGCGCCAACAACGGCAACGUCCAUCCGCCGCACCACUCUGCGCCAAGUUUCAGAGCCGCGAACAGCUCACAAGGCAGAGCCGAGCCACCCUCACACAGCCACCCAGCUGGUGCUGGGUCGGGGUCAGUAGCCGGCCCAAGUGCACACAACGCUGCAGAGUCUGGGGACGCUCUUCCGCAGGGCUGGGAGCAGCGCAUCGACGUCAUGGGCCGGGUAUAUUUUGUUGACCACAACUCGCGCACCACCACCUGGGUCAGGCCAACUGCCGCAGGUGUUGUGCCUGUUGCCGAGCCCACUGAGGGGGAGCGCCGGCGGCAUAUGAAUCGCACGCUGCCCGACAAUGCGGGCAUGGCCAAUGUAACCCCUAGGCCGGGCCACAGUGCUGCCUCUGGUCCUUCGCCGCCGUCCCACAGUGCCAGUAUUGGCAGCGGUGCUGGUUCAAGCUCUGUUGCAGCGGCCGGCUCGACCUCAGUACUGAGCUCAGGCGCUGCGCUGGGACCGCUGCCGUCCGGAUGGGAGCAGCGGUACACUACCGAGAACCGCCCGUACUUUGUCAACCACAUUAGCCGUACAACGACCUGGGACGACCCUCGCUUGCGCGCCAGCCAGGCCCCUAGCUCGAACCGCAAUAACAAUGUGUCGAACAUUGCUGGACAGACUGCGUCGCGUCUUGGCCCAUUGCCGUCAGGUUGGGAGAUGCGGCUGACGUCUCAGGGACGCGUGUACUUUGUUGACCACAACACGAAAACAACCACUUGGGACGACCCUCGCCUGCCAAGCAACCUCGACCAGAAUGUGCCCCAGUACAAGCGCGAUUUCCGCCGCAAGUACAUCUACUUCAGGUCGCAGGCUGCCAUGCGCCCCGUGCCUGGCCAAUGCCACAUCAAGGUUGCGCGCAACACAGUAUUCGAGGACUCAUACAACGAGAUCAUGCGGGUGCCCGUGUCGGAGCUCAAGAAGCGGCUCAUGAUCAAAUUCGACGGUGAAGACGGCCUUGACUACGGCGGUGUCUCCCGCGAGUACUUCUUCCUGCUCUCGCACAAGAUGUUUGACCCGCAGUACUGCCUAUUCGAGUAUUCUGCGCACGACCAGUACACGCUGCAGUUCAACCCUAACUCGGAGAUCAACCCGGAGCAUCUCAACUACUUCAGGUUUAUCGGGCGCACGAUGGGCCUGGCUAUUUUCCACCGCCGGUUCCUCGACGCCUUCUUCACAUCUUCAUUCUACAAGAUGAUCCUGAAGAAGCCCGUCACGCUAGACGACAUGCAGAGCGUCGACGCCGAGAUCUACCGCAGUCUCAAGUGGAUCUUGGAGAACGACGUUACGGACAUGGGAUUCACGUUUGCCGUGGACGACGACCGCUUUGGUGAGCGCAUCGAAGUCGAUCUGAAGCCCGGAGGCAAGGACAUUGACGUGACGGAGGAGAACAAGGCGGAGUUCGUGCAGCUUCGGAUCAAGUACCGUGUGUGCGAUCGCAUCAAGGACCAGUUCGAGGCGUUCCAGGCGGGCUUCCACGAGCUGAUUCCCGAGGAUCUCAUCCAGGUGUUCGAUGAGCGCGAGCUGGAGCUCCUCAUCGGUGGCUUGGCUGAGAUUGACGUCGAGGAUUGGAAGAAGCACACAGAUUACCGCGGAUACACAGAGUCCGACCAGGUUGUGCAGUGGUUCUGGAAGUUUGUCGCGGAGAUGGACUCGGAGCACCAGACGCGGUUGCUGCAGUUUACAACGGGAACUUCGCGCAUUCCAGUCAAUGGAUUCAAGGACCUGCAGGGCAGCGAUGGCCCGCGCCGCUUUACUAUUGAAAGAUCCGGGGAUAUCAUUGCGCUGCCCAAGAGUCACACGUGCUUCAAUCGCAUUGAUCUGCCGCCGUACCCCGACUACGAGACAAUGUCGUCCAAGCUGAUUCUUGCUAUUGAGAACACCGUCGGUUUUGCUCAGGAGUAA